UACGUCGACCGUACAGACAUCAUGCUUAAUUGCUUCCUUCGAUGACGCAGCCCUUAGCCAGCGGCAUUUUCUCGGGAAAAUCACUCAGAAAAUUACUGUCCCCCUCCCCUCUCUCUCUCUCUCGCUUUCACACACGCAAGCGGGAAGCGGCUGUCACGAGAAAUCAAUGACAACAACGUACUCUUCCCAACCUGGAGGCGUUGUGAUGCCUGAGUCUCGCCGUCAACGAUGAAGACCACCGGCGACACUGCCCUCCAAGCCGCUGUCUCGUCCAAACCUCAUAACCUAACUCCAGAGUCGGAUCUUCCCCAGAGAGUGAAGACUCAGAAACCACCUCGGCGGAGAACUACCGACCGCGGAUACUCCUCCGCCGGAGAGAGGUUGCACAAGGAAGGAAACAGAGCUCCAGCGGGAAAGCGGAGCAGGCCAGGGACCCCUGGCCUACGCUGGAAGUUCGGCGGCGGAGAAAAAUGUGAAGAAAUUUCGUUAAGUGAAGGGAGGCAGUUGCCGGCGAAGUUCGCCGGAAAAAGUAGCCGAAAGGUAAGGGAAGCUGUGGUUUCGUCUAGGAAGCUUGCGGCGGUGCUGUGGCGGGUUCAGCUGCCAGGUAUGACUGUCGACGCCGGCCGCGGCAGCGAGAGGUCUACUCUGUCUGAGCACGGCAGGCUAGGGUUUAAGCAUGGAGAAAGCCAUAUUGGGGUGGCUUUUCUCAGUCAUCUCAAGGCCCAUGCUUAUAGUUCUUGUAACGCAAAGGAUCUAACGCAGAGUCCUCGUUCGGUCUUUGAUCCAAGGAGCAGGCAGUUUCUCAAGUUUGAACCUGUGGUUCAAUUUUCGAUCUUUGCCAUGGAGGGGGCAACAAAAUGGAACCCUGCCUGCCUGAAAGCAUCAGAUGAGGUCGGAUGGAUUUAUUGUCACUCGAGCAAACAUCAACGGCAAUUAAGUGCUGACCCUACAAUAUCUGCACUUGAGGUAGAACUUGCAAGAACUCAAGCUUGUAUUCACAAGCUUGAGACUGAGAGAGAGGCCUCAAAAAAGAAACUUGAACACUUCUUAAAGAACCUUAGUGAGGAAAAGGCCACAUGGCAGAGUAGAGAACGUGAGAAAAUCUGUGCUGUUUUUAAUGACAUGAAUGCUGACUUGAGCCAGGAGAGAAAAACACUUAAGAGGCUGGAAAUUGUGAAUUCCAAGCUGGUCAGUGAGCUGGCAGAUUCCAAGUUAUUGAUGAAACGUUAUAUGAAGGAUUAUGAGAGAGAGUGGAAGGCUAGGGAGUUAAUAGAGGAAGUAUGCUACGAGCUAGCAGAGGAAGUCAGAGAAGAUAAGGCUGAAGUAGAAGCAUUGAAGAGGGAGUGCAUGAAACUCUGUGAGGAAGUGGAAGAGGAGAGGAAGAUGUUGCAGAUAGCUGAGGUGUGGCGUGAAGAGCGGGUUCAUAUGAAGUUCGUUGAUGCAAAGAUAGCACUUGAUGAGAAGUAUUCUCAGAUGAAUAAGCUGGUAGCAGAUCUAGAGACUUUCCUGAGUUCGAAAGGUGCCAUCCCUGAUGCAGAGGAGAUGAGAAAAGCAGAGUUCCUUAGCCGAACUGCUAUUUCGGUCAAUAUUAAAGGAUGCAAGGAAUUUUUAAAUGAGCUUGAAGAUUUUAAUUUCGAUGAUGGCCGUGAGAGGGACAUUGGACCAUGUGUUGAACUCAGUCCCGGCAUCCUUGCCUCUGAGGUUCAUGCCAUGAGCUCCAAAGUCAACAUGUUCAAUAAAGAUGGUAAGCAGACACAUUCUAGUGCACAUUUGGAUCAGAAUGGUGAAGAAGAAGAAGAAGAUGGGAGCGGGUGGGAAACUGUGAGCCAACCCGAGGAUCAAGGAUCAAGUUAUUCACUUGAAGGGAGUGACAAUCCAUCUGUUAUUGAGAUUCAUCAUGGCGGUAAUGCAUCAGGGAGUCGAGCAGAAUGGGAAGAAAACGCAUGCAACAAGACACCAAUUACAGAAACUCGUGAAGUUGGGCGAGUGCCAAAGACAUAUUUGAAGAAGGCAUUAUCCAUGCCCUGGUUUUCAGGCUCAGGCUCAGGCCCAAAUGAUGGUGAAAACUAUAGGAUAAUGUCAGCGGAAGGGAUUAAUGGAGGCAGGCUGUCUUCUUGUAGCAGCAGCAUUUCCCCAGAUGGGGGCUCAAGUAAAAGUAGGCUUAGUUCUUCUUCAGAUUGGUGCUCGGUGGAGUCUGGAGGCGUCAAGGGGGGUACUACGCACGAGAGAAGUUCGAAGACGAAGCUUUUGGAGGGUAGGACAAAGCCAAAAAAUCGAAUUGAAGCAAGCAAGCACUUAACUUGAGCAGCGGAAGAGGUAGGUGGGGAGCAGCUGGAUGAUGACUGACUACUGACUCCUGACUACUGUUGUGGUGGUGGUGUUUCAUCCGCAAGGGAGGAGUAUUUGUAUUUCCACACUGCAUGCCGCCAGUUGCUAGUUGCCAAUAAAUAUAAUGCUCAAUGAAUGAUCUUUGAAUUUAGGUUUUACUUUGUAUUCUACUGGGACUGAUGGCUGUAUCAUUCAUUCAUGCAUGCUAUGGGAAUUGGGUCCAAUCUUUAUAUUAUAUAAUAAUAUGCUUCUUUGUACCCACCCUUGUCUUGUUUCCAAUCUUGAAUGAGUGAGUGAGUUGGAAUAAAAGUGAAAAAUUGCCCAAAAAGUGU